CACGUGUCGGUUUGCUCUUCCAGACAAAAAGGGAUUAGCGCCGUUGCGAUAAGAUUGCUCCUGCGGGGUCUUUUUCUCCCAACUUUCGAUCAAUCCUCCGAAGUCCAGACGGGCAUUUUGUCACCUUCUGAGGCGCGCUCACUUGGUAUAUCCUCAUGGACAACCUCGAAGACAGAUGCGCAUCCCUGCGCGCCCAAAUUGCCGCAACGGAAACCCAGCUCGCGGGGUUAAAACGCGACCUCGAGAAUGCGGAGCAGGCGGCCUCGAAAACCACGACGCAAGAGGCCGACGACAUUCGCGACUCGGCAACUGAGAGUGAUUGCAAUGAGAAAAGAAGGUGGCCACUUUUUGAUGAAGAGUAUCGGCGCUAUGGAAGGCAGAUGAUUGUUCCACAAUUGGGAUUGCAAGGCCAAUUGAAACUGCGCGCAGCUAAAGUACUGCUUGUGGGCGCUGGAGGGCUUGGGUGUCCGGCUGCUUUGUAUCUGGCCGGCGCGGGCGUGGGCACCAUAGGUCUUGUCGAUGGCGAUACGGUUGACACGUCCAAUCUGCACCGUCAGGUCUUGCACCGGAGCAACAAUGUGGGCAAGUUGAAGGUGGAUAGUGCCAUUGAGUACCUGCGCGAAUUGAACCCCCACCCUACAUACAUCCCUCACCGAGCGCAUCUCUCCCCUCAAGAAGCACCAGCCAUUUUUGAGAAGUAUGAUUUGAUUCUUGAUUGCACCGAUAAUCCGGUAACCCGCUAUUUGAUUUCCGACACCGCCGUCCUUCUGGGGAAACCGCUGGUUUCGGCUUCGGCACUGCGCACCGAGGGUCAACUUAUGGUGCUGAACAACCCUCCUCGACCGGUUGGUGAUAAGACUGGUGGCCCUUGCUACCGAUGUGUCUUUCCACGACCACCCCCGGCCAACAGUAUUCUGAGUUGCGCAGAUGGGGGAAUUCUUGGUCCUGUGGUCGGCACGAUGGGUGUACUCCAAGCGCUGGAGGCGAUCAAGGUGAUUACCUCACCAGUCGACGAAGCAAAGCCGCCGUCGCUGCUUAUAUUCUCGGCAUAUUCAACACCUCAGUUCCGAUCUAUCAAGCUGAGAUCGCGUCGACCAAACUGUGCCGUUUGUUCUUCUGAAGCAACCGUCACUCUUGACUCUGUCACGUCGGGAUCUACCGAUUAUGUCUUCUUCUGCGGGACCGUGAGCCCAGAAUCUCUGCUGUCUCCAGAGGAACGGAUCUCGCCAUUGGAAUACCAAACUUUAUAUCCACAAGUAGCACAGACACCCGAGCCGGGGAAUGAGGCCACUAUCAUCGACGUCCGCGAAAAGGUCCAGUAUGAUAUCUGCAGUCUGGAGAAGAGUGUCAACGUCCCUAUCUCGACCAUCUUAUCCGGAACAGCCACGACCAGUCCCGAUGGUAAUGAGCCGUCAUCUCGCCCAUCUUGGCUUCCCGAGACUAUCGUCCCUGACUCCACAAAUCCCAUUUACGUGGUCUGCCGUCUAGGCAACGACUCCCAGGUUGCAGUCAAAAAGCUGAAGGAGUUGGGACUGGAUCGCAGCGGCGAACGCAAGAUUGCCGAUAUCCGAGGGGGGUUCCGCGCCUGGCGUGAACAGGUCGACCCGGAAUGGCCUGAGUAUUGAACGAGAAAAGAACGAUGAAACGAGAGCACGACCUGAUGCAUCCGCGUAUAUUAAUCAUAAAACCGUACAUAGAAUCCGCAUUAGUUAGAGAGCAAGCAAGCCACAUCACGGCUUCGUAUCGACCGGCGCCUUAUCCAGCCAAGCCCAUUCAAUCAACACGCGACCCAGAUCCAUAUCGGCGAGGCGUUUGAACGC